AGGGCAGAAAUUAAAGAAGUCCUACUUCAUUCCUACGUCAUAGGAAUCAUAUACUCUUUCGAAAUCUUUGUAUCCAGAACUUCUGUCUUCUUGAGUAUCCUAGGAUUUGUUCUUUUAGGCAACUACGUUACCGCUGAAAAAGUAUUUGUCGUUACAGCAAUUUAUAAUUGCUUACGACCAACAAUUACAAUGAUGUUCUCACUAAGCAUAAGUGCAGUAGCAGCAAUUAAUAUAUCGGUGAUAAGGAUCCAUAGUAUUCUUGAAUUUGACGAAUUUAAAAAACCAGAGCUCGGACACGUUCUAAGCUACCUUUCAUAUGAAAAACCUAGAAGACCUGAAAAUCCUAAAUACCCUAGAACAGGAGUGGUGUUUGAGAACGUGUGUGCUAAAUGGAUAGACGAUACUAGCGAGGAUACGUUAAUUAAUGUCAGCUUUAGUGUAACAUCACAAACGUUGUUUGCUAUAGUUGGACCUGUGGGUGGAGGUAAGAGCAGUAUUUUCAGUGUUAUUUUAAGAGAAUUGCCUGUGAAAUCUGGAAUUAUGGAAGUUGUUGGGACAAUAUCGUAUUCUUCACAAGAACCGUGGCUAUUUUCAGGAACUGUUAGGGAUAAUAUACUAUUUGGCGAAAAAUUUAAUUCUAUAAGAUACAAACAGGUGCUACAAGUAUGUGCUUUGAAACGCGAUCUUGCUACACUUCCCUUUGGAGACAGGACUUUGGUUGGUGAACGUGGCAAAGCCCUUAGCGGUGGUCAAAAAGCUAGAGUCAGUCUAGCCAGAUGCGUUUACAAAGUAGCCGAUAUUUAUCUAUUAGAUGACCCUUUAUCAGCUGUCGAUGCGACUGUUGGAAAACACAUAUACGAACAAUGUAUACAGUCGUUCUUAUCAGAAGUUAUUUGCAUAUUAGUUACCCAUCAACUUCAGUUUCUUAAAGAUGCCGAACAAAUAAUGAUCAUUGAUGAUGGGGAAGUACAAGUAAUCGGAACUUAUGAUGAAUUACAGAAAAGUGAUGAAUCAUAUGUUCAUAUAAUGGAGAAUUUCGUUGACCUAGAAGAUAAAGAAUACAGAAAAUCAAAACAAUCUAGUAUUUUAUUAUCGGAAGAAACCGAAAUGGACCAAAUAUUAGAUAGAGAAAGUUUUGAAAGUGGACAAAUCUCGAUGGACACUUAUUUGACCUAUUUUAGAUCUGGAGGAAACUUUUUAGCCAUCACAUUUAUGUGUAUUGUCUUUGUUGGGAACCAACUGGCAGCUAAUGGAGGAGAAUAUUUUCUGACAUACUGGGUCAAUUUGGAGCAAAACUAUACCACUCAAAUAUUGAAUAAUGAAAGUAACGUAGAAGAAAUAGAUAGAAAUACAAUUAUUUAUUACUAUACAUUUAUAACUCUUGGAAUGAUAGUAUUUUCAAUAGUUAAAUCAGUUUAUUUUAUGACUUAUUUAACCGUAUCUUCAAGAAAUUUACACGACAUGAUCUACUCAAGAAUACAAUAUGCAACUAUGCGAUUUUAUGAUACCAAUCCUUCGGGAAGAAUUUUAAAUAGGUUUUCCAAAGAUUUGGGUACAGUUGAUGAGUAUAUUCCAUCUGUUCUUUUAGAUGUGUUCGAGAUAGGACUUCAACUUUUAGGACUCAUUAUUCUUUCGUCAAUAAUUGAGCCAUAUUUACUAAUUGUGGACGGUUUUCUUUUAAUAGUAUUUUAUCUAAUAAGGUUAGUUUAUGUUGAAACAAGUAGAAACGUCAAAAGGAUAGAAGCUAUAACCAAGAGUCCCAUGUUCAGUCACAUGACAGCAACUAUUUAUGGCUUGGAUACCAUAAGAGCAUUUUCUGCCGAAAAGAUGCUAGUUAGGCAAUUUGAUGAUCUGCAAGAUAUUCAUAGCGCUGCUUGGUUUUUAUACAUGGCAUCUGGUAAAUGUUUUGGACUCUGGUUAGAUUUAACGUGCCAAUUUUUCAUUGCUUGUGCAAUUUUUGCCAUCUUAAUAGUCAAUAGUGAUAUCCAAGGAGGUGAUAUGGGUCUAAUAAUUACACAAUAUUUAUGUCUUAUGGGCAACCUUCAAUGGGGUAUGCACCAGUGGACAGAACUAGAUAAUAACAUGACAUCCGUUGAGAGGAUAUUAGAAUAUACAAAAUUAGAAACCGAACCGGUUCGAGAAAAAUUACGCUUUCUUUCUACAGACUGGCCUGAAGAGGGAAAGAUCGAGUUCAGAAACGUGUCUCUUCGGUAUACCCUAAAUGAACCUUAUGUUCUCAAAGAUUUGAAUUUUAAAGUAAAAGCUACAGAAAAAGUUGGAAUUGUUGGUCGCACUGGGGCCGGAAAAUCUUCAAUAAUUGCUGCUUUGUUUCAAUUAUAUCCAUUGGAAGGAUCUAUUUUCAUUGAUAACAUGGACACCACUAAGAUGCCUUUAGAGGUUGUUCGAUCCAAAAUAUCUAUUAUUCCUCAAGCUCCAUUUUUGAUUUCAGGUUCAAUGAGGGAAAAUUUAGAUCCAUUUCACGAAUACUCUGAUGAUAUUUUGUGGAACGUUCUAGAGCAAGUCGAUUUAAGAGAAGAGUUAGAAGAAAUACCGUCAGGCCUUAACACUAUGGUAUCUGAAGGUGGUAACAAUUUUAGCGUCGGUCAAAGGCAACUGGUUUGUUUGGCUAGAGCACUUAUUCGAAAUAACAGAAUUCUUAUUUUGGAUGAAGCCACUGCAAAUGUUGAUCCACAUACUGAUGCCUUAAUUCAGGCUACUAUUCGGACUAAAUUUGCUCACUGCACAGUACUUAGUAUUGCCCACAGGUUGAAUACAGUUAUGGAUGCUGACAAAAUUCUAGUAAUGGAUGGAGGUACAGUUAUAGAAUUCGAUCAUCCGUAUAUUCUAUUACAAAACAAAGAAGGUGUGCUAAGAGAAUUGGUCGAUGCAACAGGAGUAGCAACGGCUAAAUAUUUGGAAUUAAUUGCAAGAGAGGGAUUGAUUGGGCAAAUAACUGAAGAUUUGCUGAAUCGCGUUUUUUUAAAUACCAAGAAACAUUAAUUAUUUUUGUUAUUAAGUAUGAUAAUAAGCCUGAAACAUAAAAAUUACUUAAACUCAUUAUUUCGGAAGCACCAAGAUGUUUAGAUUAAAUGAGUUAAUGAUCAAUUAUGCAAUGUAAUUAUGUAGU